AUGAUCAGGACUUUGUCAAUCUGGCGUCGAUAUUUCCACAAUCUCCGUUCUCGUAUCCAUGGCGAGGACAUCAUUUGUGGCCCAUUAACCUCCCAAGAACUCACUGACACCAACAUUCAAGUAAUUCGUGCCAUUCAAGCUGAAUGCUGUGCUGAUGACAUCAGACGUCUAAAAGGGAAACAAAAGCUGUCAAACACUUCUCGAAUCAAAGAUUUGUGUCCAUACAUGGAUGAGCUAGACAUUCUACGUGUGGGGGGCAGAAUUGAGAAUGCACAAAUCUCAUCUUCUCAGAAACAUCCUGCAAUAUUGCCAAAUAAACAUACAUUUUCAAAGCUUAUUGCAGACAGGGUGCACCGUGAAACCUGCUAUGGAGGUCCGCAGCUCAUGUUUUACACGAUCAGACAGGAAUAUUGGCCUCUCAGAGGACUGGACGUUGCAAAAGCUGCUCGUCGUAGAUGCGUCAAGUGUUUUCGAUGCCACCCACAACCCAUGCAGCAAAUUAUGGGAAAUUUGCCUCCCUAUAGACAACGAUUCACAAGAGCAUUUGACAAAGUGGGAGUAGACCUUUGUGGAUAUUUCCUCAUUAAGACACCUCUCAAGAGAAAUGCAUCAGUGAAAAUGUACGUCACAGUGUUUGUGUGCAUGAUUACUCACGCCAUACACCUGGAGCUUGUAACAGAUUUAUCCACAAAUGCAUUUCUCGCGGCAUUCAGGCGUUUCAUCGCACGACGAGGUAGGCCAUCGGAUGUCUACUGUGACAACGCUAAAAACUUCGUUGGAGCUCAAAAGCAGCUUGAGGAGAUUCGGCAAGUUUUAUCAACUCAAACCAGCCAGGAGAUUAUUGCUAAACAUGCAGCAAAUGCCACAGUCAACUUCAAUUUUAUUCCACCAAGGAGCGCUCAUUUUGGAGGAAUGUGGGAAUCUUCAGUGAAGAGCUUUAACAGACAUUUCUAUCGGAUCGUUGGAAACACACCAAUGACACAAGAAUCAAUGCUAACGGUUCUAGCUGAAAUUGAAAUGUGCCUUAAUUCUAGACCACUUUCACCCAUUUCUUCAAGCCCAGAAGACCUCGCCGCAUUGACGCCAGGUCACUUCAUCACUGGUGCCCCACUCAAUGCUUUACCACAACACGAUAUUACAACAUUGCCAGAAAACCGAUUGGACAAAUGGCAACGGAAUCAGCAAAUUGUUCAACACUUUUGGCGUCGCUUUCGCAUCGAAGUUUUCUCACAAUUGCAACAACGCAGAAAGUGGCAGCACGAGCAAUCGGACUUGAAAGUAAAUGAUCUCGUGGUUAUCCUUGAGGAUAACGUUCCACCUCUAUCAUGGAUUCUUGGACGCAUCAUCGAUGUACAUCCCGGACGUGAUGGACACGUACGAGUAGCCAAGGUCAAACACACAAACUGGAAUUUACACAAGAGCCAUCACUCGUUUGGCUCGUCUUCCAGAUGA